CUCUCUCUCUCUGCUCUUCUUGCGCCCGCGGCUCAUCGGCCUCCGCUGCGUUGGUGAUUCAAUUUGCGCAUCUCUCGCUCGCGUCUCUCUCUCUCUCUUCCCAAAACCGCGCGGCACCGCAAACGCGCGGCGCGCAUGCGGCGAGCUGCACAAUCCCAACUCGUAAAGCCACCCACCACCACCACCACCACCUAACCACCGUCACAGCCCAGCCACCCCCCACCCCCCUAUAUUACCCCCCCCCCCCACCCGUGACAUAGUUCACCGAGAGAGAAGUCGUUACGAGAAGACAGCUUGGGCUUGCUUGGCUGUGAUGAGGCUUGCGCUGAGAAGUGCAUCCUGAUUUGUCGUGGGAUGGGCUGAGCAUCGGCGCUCCGGGAUACUGCUCGGUGCCGGCAACAUCAUCAGCAGCAGCUAACGGGCAGACCACGGACUGUUCGUCAUCCCUGGCGACCCUGGUUGCCCCAUACCUGUUGGAUUCGCAGUGGAUUUGGAUAUCCCGCACUGGAGCCAGUUGAAGUAUGGUCAAACAACCUCCACAAGCGACUCUGCGUGCUGAUGCCAUCACCCAGCAGUCGAUUGAAACAACAAGGGACUGAACAACGGAAAACGAUUUUGGCUGCCGCCUUUGCCCUGUGCCUUUUCGGCACGUACGCUGAUGCCAGAAAACAGAAAUGUAUGGCAAUAACACCACCUUUAACAACGAUGAUACAUCCAGCCAAGCCGAGAAGUACAUCCUUGCCGGCAUCUUCUCCAUCAUCAUCGCUGUGACCAUUCUGGGCAACCUGCUGGUGGUGGUUGCUGUGUGCAAGGAUAGACACCUCCGAAAAAUCAAGACCAACUACUUCAUUGUGUCACUGGCAGUGGCAGACCUUCUGGUGGCUAUUCUUGUGAUGCCCUUUGGGGCUGUGGAGAGGGUGCAGAACGACUGGCCCUAUGGCGACAAAUUCUGCAUAAUUCGCACCUCCUUUGACGUCAUGUUUACCACUGCCUCCAUCAUGCACCUCUGCUGCAUCGCGUUGGACAGGUUCUACGCCAUUUGCUGCAAGCCCCUGGUCUACCAAAAUAAAAUGACGCCGCUGAGAGUGGGGCUGAUGCUGGGGGCGUGUUGGGUCGUCCCUUCCCUCAUCUCGUUCAUCCCCAUAGCCAACGGCUGGAACAUCAUCGGCAUAGAACAACAGCUUGAGCUCCGGCUAGGUCAGGCGAAGGAGGCGAACCAGACGCACUGCAUCUUCAUGGUGAACAAGGUGUACGCGGUGGCCUGCUCUCUCGUUGCCUUCUACAUCCCCCUGGGGCUCAUGGCGGCCGCGUACCAGCGCAUCUACGUGACGGCCCGCGCCCACGCGCGCCAGAUCGGCUCGCUGCAGCGCGCCGUCUCGAAGGACACCACGGGUGACGAAGUGACAAUGGUGACCUCGGGCGCCGCGUCGCCACUGAGGGCCCAGCAUCUGGUGCCGGUGGCCCAGGCCACGAUGGUGCAAACGCAGUCGACGCGCUUCCGUCACGAGACGAAGGCGGCCAAGACUCUGGCGAUCAUCAUGGGCUGCUUCUGCCUGUGCUGGGCGCCGUUCUUCAUCAACAAUGUGAUCGACCCGUUCGUGAACUAUGACACGCCGCCACAGCUGUGGGACGCGUGGCUGUGGUUGGGCUAUGCCAACUCGGCGCUCAAUCCACUCCUCUACGCGUUCCUCAACCGCUCGUUCCGCCGCGCUUUCCUCGCCAUCCUGUGCUGCUGGGACGCGGCUCGUUACCGCCGCUCGUCCUUCAGCGGCCACUCCGUGCGCUACUCCGUCAGCACCAACGGCAGCACUGUCCAGCCGGUGCCCAGCGCGCGCGUGCGAGCUCGCGCACGCCUUACCAGCCGCCCGCGGACUCGGGCAGCGGCGUGCCCCGCUGUCUCCAAACUGGUGACACAUUUCUGUGGGGCGCCCAGUCCAGUCUAACCCGCUGCUAAAGCUUCUGGGCACCUGCCCUGCACUAUAUUCUACAUUGACGAACGCUGGUGUACGGCAAAAUGGCCACAACAGAAGAUUCAGCCUCUCCAACAAAACAAAUGGGACUGAAGAGAGGGAAUCAUGUUUAUAACAAAAACUGAACAUCGAUUUGAUGUCCAAGAACAUUGAUGUCUUUUGAGGUCGAAGAUGAAGACAAUACACGUUAUUGUACACGUUUAUAGUGCAUGCACUACUUAAUGGAUGUAAAGGUACAUGUUUAUAAAGUUUAUAGAACUUUAAACGCAAAAAGCUAUUUUUUUCAUCCAGUAAAACGUUCGUAGAUAUUCCACCUGAAAAAGCUAACAAUUCACAUGUAAAUAGUUUGUUUGGAUACAUGUACUUACCAAUAACUCACAUUUAAAUUCGGCAAUCACAAAUUCAGAAUUAUUUGAUUAAAAUGGUAAUUUACUUACUUAUUAAAAUACUUGUCACCAUGUGACUAAUCUAUUUAAACAGCCACUGAGGCCCGAUGCCGUCUCAAUUGGCAGUGUUUGCAGUAUGAUGUUUGUAGGACUUUUAACUUAAUUUAUAUAUUAAGAUCUUUCCUUCCAGGCAUGGAUAGGCUGCUAGACAAUGUGUUGAUAUCAGUUGAGCUGAGGUUGUAUUUGUGAAAGCACUGUAUACAUUGAUAUGGCUCUCGUAUGCCUUUCAUCUGUGCGAGUAAGUGGAGAAUGUAAAGAGCACAUUUUCUUACACUUUGUAAAGAAUAUUUAAACGCUUUUAAUGGCCAUCCCGUUGCGUGAAAAGCUGAAUGCUAAAACAUUAAUCCGUUCAGCCUUGUUUCCAUUACUUGGGUUUUAUUUUUUUACCAGCUGUGUAUUAUCGUUUGUCUUAAAUUCCUAAAGAUAGUCACAAAAUAUUGCUCCCCCAAAUAUAUAAAGCAGGAUGCUUUUAGUUGUCACAUUUGUCCAGGUUACAGUAUUAACAUCUUGUAAAUGUAAGUUUUCCAGCAUCAUACAUGAAUGUAAGUGGUUAUUUAUCAGUACAUCAAUGUAUUAAAGAUGUCUUACAGCCAAAUAAUGUAAUUGAUCAAUCAAAAUCUGUAGUUCUUAGCAGUGUUUUAUUUAAAUUUAUUCGUAAAUAAUGCAUCCAGCACUUUGUUAUUUUGUUAUAUUUCCACAAUGUGUUUUUUUUUACAAGUUUUAUGAAUGUUAACUCAUAGGGUCUAUCGUGAAAACAUACUAUUUAAAACAUGUUUAAAGGGUUGUUAAUAUUAUGAAAAUUAAACGCUUAAACAUCAUGCACAUGUUCUGUGCACACAUAACCGGGAAACCAAAAACCGGCCUGAGCAUUUACCCAGCACACCAUGUGGAAUCGUGUUUAGUCUCGUUGAUAAUGCUGCAAGUUUGCAUUAUAGCACAUACGCUCAAAAUGCCCUUUUUGUGCACUCUUGCAUUUCACUUUAUACCAGAGGUGCCCAACCAAAAUUCCUGGUAAUGAUGUAUCGGGAGUGUGGGGGUUGUGGCGCUUUUGAGGUUGGGAUUUCGUGGCAUUGAAAGGGUCUUGGGGGCAAGAAGGUGAACAGUGGUGCAUGACUUAACUUUUGCAAAAUUGGGCUUCAAGGCAUAAGCAUUAGCGUCGGUGGUGUUAACAUUUUCAAGGCAUGUUUUGAAGGCUAUACCAAAGCUUGCCACCCAUUGUGCGAUUAAGCAUGUAAAAUACAUUUUCUUUGCAGAUCGCGACAAGCUAAUGCUAACAUUUCACGAGCCGAGUGACAUUGUGGGGAUUUUUGUGUAUGCUUUCCAGUCUGGAUAAGGGAUUUUGAUGGUCCAUACCCCAUAAGGCGUGGGUGGGCACUCGUACUUUAUACAAAUGUACAUUUUGUAAUUGGUGCAAACCAAAGAAAGUUGACCAUUACUGUACUUGUUUAGUUUGGGGACUUUUUGUAAAAAAGUGAUUGUACAGAACGGAUUAAGUUUUUCACUCCUUUGUACAUAUUCUGUGUAAGCAAAUAAAAUCUAUAAUGGA